AUGACAAAAGUUGGUAAAAUUUGGGAACACUUUACAAAGUUAGGAGUUAUAGAAGGAUAUAAACAAGAAAGAGCAAAAUGUAAUAGAUGUCCUUUUACAUGUGCUAGUACAGUAUUGCGAUGUGAAGAACAUUUUAAAGUAUGUACUAAUACGAGUAUUGAAAUCUUGAAAGAAUAUUUUGGUGAAGAAUUUGAACGUCCUAGAUUUAAUGUUUUUGGAUAA